GCUGUGCCUAGAUCAUCUCGGGUAUAAAAGCACGGAUAGAAGCUAUGCCAAAGCUUCUUGCAAGAGUACGUGAUUAAAGUAUCCAGAUAAAGUUCAUGAUGAUCGCUCAAGGCCUCGUCUGGCCGGUGCUCGGCCUUCUUCUCAACUCCGUUUCAGCGGGUAUCAUUCGUCAAUCCGCACUAAAGUUAACCGUCAAACACGAGGGGACACUCAACCCAGCCAUAAACGCCGACUUUCCAGAUCCAUCCAUCAUUCAACUCGAAGAUGGAUCAUGGGUAGCUGUCGCAACAAACGGCGGUCCACCAGACAACUAUAGAAAACUCCAAGUCGCCACAGCCAAAGAUCUUCUCGGCGAAUGGACCCUGCAACAGGAAGAUGCCCUCCCCGAUAAGGGCUGGACGACAGGCGAGAAUACCUGGGCGCCUGAUAUUCGCCGCAUCGACAGUGGAGAGUACAUCGUUUACUUGAGUCCUGAGAUUGAAGCUGGGAGACAUUGCAUUGGUGUCGCGCGCUCAAAGAAUGCAACUGGUCCUUAUACAUACGAUGAGAAACCUCUUGUCUGCGGACCAGAUGAUCUCAAAGGUGCCAUUGACGCGAGCGGCUUCAAGGACCCCGACAGCGGAAAAGAUUAUCUCAUCUAUAAAAUCGAAGGCGAUGCAUCAGGUCCAACGGGCGGCACACCAAUCAUGCUCCAAGAAAUCCAAGGCGACGGCAUUACCUUCAUCGGAGACGCCGUCAAGAUCUUUGAUCGCAUCGGCAGUGAAGACGGCGUUCUUGUGGAAGCGCCAAACAUCGUACGCCUCGGCAAUGGGAAAUAUGUCUUGUUCUUUAGCAGUCAUGAUUUUCGCGAUCCGCUGUAUAAUGUCAAGUAUGCUUAUGCGGAUAAGCUGUCGGGGCCUUAUACGCGUGCGGAAGAGCCGUUGAUUGCGGCGCCGGACUAUGGACUUGAUGCGCCUGGUGGUGCGACGAGUAAUGAGGCGGGGGAUACGUUGGUCUUUCACGGAUGGUGUCCUGAUGACAAGAACAUUCGGUGCAUGUAUAGCGUUGAAUAUGAGUACGAAUGAGGGACUGGGACCUGUCGAUUAGCAAUUAACUCAUUCAUUGACUUUUAGGCCGUUGUUUAACGGGGACCGUUAUGCGCCAAAUAAAGUUAGCCUUCAUCCUUCCAUGCUCGAUG